AUGUCUUGGAACAAGUAUAACCUGUACAACCUUACACAGCGUACAAGAACUCCAAACAACUCCAACAAAACUCUGUAUCAGCAAAAGUGGGCCGCCAAGAAAGAUACACGUUCCUAUCAUGGAGAUCAGAUCACCGAGCGUCAAUGGCAGUCCAUGUUCAAGACACGUCUCCCAACUGCUAACACUAAAGUCGGAGGAGUGGAGCCCCACCCCCCUGUCUUUUCUUUGACAUUCGCCGAGAUGGAGAGACGUCUAGAUUUUAUUGUCUUUAGAAGCAACUUCGCUCCUAGUGUUUAUGCGGCUCGUCAGUUGGUUGGACAUGGGAAAGUUACUGUCAACGGAAAGACUAUGCCAUUCCCCUCACAUCGGGUCACUGACGGAGACAUCAUUCAAAUUGACCCUGCAUCAGUACCGAUGUUAAAGAAGGUUGAAUCAAAAACGGAGGAAGCAGAGGAAACAAGUGUCGGGGACGGUGCGGCUUCAUCAGUAACUAGGGCGAAGGCUCCCAUGGAAUUUGUCCCCAAACCUUUCUCUCAACCCUUUCUCUUUGUUCCCGAUUACCUUGAGGUCAACUACAAUACUUGCUCAACUUGCUUUUUACGUUCGCCAAUCUCUCGUCCAGGAAAAACAGAGAUUCCGAGCCCCUUCCCGCCACAAAUGCAUGCUUUGGCAUAUGAAUUUUACGCCCGCAAUAGGAAGUGA